AUUUGGAAAACGAACAUUGACCAUUGUAAUGUGUACGGAAAACCAGACCCUUAAGAAGAUCUGUGCUCAUUAAAUACCCCCAUUUCAUUCUUUCUUAAUUCUCUACAUCUCUGGUUGGCUUCCAGCUAGUGCUCCGUUGAGCAGCAAUGGCCGAGGAGAAGGUGACAACAAUGGUGCUAAAUGUGGAUUUACAGUGCUCAAAAUGCUACAAGAGGGUCAAGAAACUUCUCUGCAAAUUUCCUGGUGAGUCUCUUUCUCCAAUUUUGUUAAUAUAAUUUCCAUACGUAUGUGAAUAAAUUGAUCAGCGUAACGGACUGAGUCGUUGUGUUGUGAACAAAUUAAUUAAAGAAAUACGAGAUCAGACGUAUGAUGAGAAAGCAAACAAGGUGACAAUUAAGGUGGUGAGCAGCUCGCUGGAGAAUAUCAGGGACAAGUUAUGCUGCAAGGGUGGUAGAUGCAUCAAGAGCAUUGAGAUCGUAAAGCCGCCUCCGCCUAAGCCUCCGCCUCCGCCUCCGCCUAAGCCUAGGCCUCCGCCUCCUCCUAAGCCUGAGCCUGAGCCUGAGCCUAAGCCAAAGCCUGUGAAAGUAUCUGUAGAUGUACAAGUCCAGGGGUCUAUUUAUUGUAAAUGCUGUAGCGGAAGGCCUAGGGGCCCAUGUUCCUGUGGCGGGCAAUUCCAAUGCGUUCUGUGUUAUUGUAAAUGCUGUAGCGGAAGGCCUUGGGGCCCAUGUUCCUGUGGCGGGCAGGUCCAAUGCGUUCUGUGUUAUGGGAGACUCGUUUGCGACAGCUGGUGCGUGCAUGGAAGCGGUUGUGGAGAAACUCAACAAGACUGCUCAAUCAUGUAAAUACUAAUAACAAGACUCUGUUUGGAAUCCAGCCAAGUUAAAUUAAAUUUAAUAAUAAUUAACUGUUAUU